AUGCAACCUGGAUUCACGGGCCUGCUGAUGGCAGGGCGUGCCUCCGACGAUGAUGAAGACUUUCGCACAACAAGCCCUCUGGACAGUGACUUGGAGAGCGCAAAGUCCAACAUGCUGGCUUACCCCUACGUGUACAACCGACAGGACUCCCUUCGAAGGAAGGUGCAACAGCCGCCGCCACCACAGACUACUUACCCUGUGGAAGCGCGCGUUAUACAUUCGGGCUCUCCGGGCGGCUCUACCGAAAUACGUGGUUCUGAUAGUGAAGCCGACUCCUAUCGUUAUCCCAACUCUGUGGGCAGUGCGCCGACUGUCAAUAAUUCGCCUCCACCUCAGUGCUUCGCGGAGAAAUCGCUGCCUAGACACGAGAUGACAUCCGGCAAUAUGUCCAUGAGCUUCCAGAGCGGCCGCCCCAUGGAACCCCCAAGGAAAACGGCCUUCCGACAGGCAGUUGGCGGCGCACGCAAAGCUCUUCCUUCCUCCUCUGGCCGGAAUGGGAGCUUCGGACAGGGCAGUUUCAGUGUCACCACCAGUCCAGAAACGGAGACCAAACUGGCGGGUUCGGGUUCCACAGCAGGCAGCAGUGGUUACGGUAGUGGUACAACUGCAAAUGGGCGGCAGAAGGCAGCGACGACGUCGUCUUCAUCCGAGGUGGAGGGUUCAUUUUUCCAACACCUGAUGGAUCUUCCAAAGCCACAACCGAUUCGUGCCACUGUGAAGGGUAUUCGCCAAAUUACCGCCAACGUGAACGGUGACGGCCGAAUGAAUCCAAAAAAUGGAGAACCCCUUUACAAUCAGAAAAACUUGGAAUGUUUUGCCGGAGAGCCGAACGACUGUGUUGAUCGAAGCGUCCUCGAUCAUGCUGCCAUGCGCAAAAACAGUCUGCACAUCGAAGUUUCCGAUGGGAGAGAUCUGCCACAUGCUAGCACUGGCUCAAGCGACGAUACACGCGCUCAACUGCCCAGAUUCUGUGCUAAACUCUCGAAAGUGUACAGCACGGAGGAAUUGUCAGAGGAAAUGGCAAAUUUGGAGGGUCUCAUGAAGGAUCUGAAUGCCAUGGCUCACCAGGAGUUUGAAUGCGAACAGAACAAUUGA